AUGUUUCCUUCUAUUCAAAUGCACAACACUGAUUGCCACUGCACCAGAUGCAAUAAUAAUGAUCAAGGAGUUUCCCAAGUAUCAAGGCAUACUGCUCAGCAUCAUAAUAAAAGAGCUAGAUUUGAAGCUGAAAAGAGAAGCAUGGAAGUAGAUACUGAAAUAAUCCCAAUGUAUCAAUUUAAUUCUGUGGAAGCAAUGGAUGGUCAGGCCAACUCACCUAUUUCGGAUGCCGUCUCAACAUUUGACAAUGACAUCUUUGUUGAUAAUGACUACAAUGGUGAUGAGUCUGACACAACCAAUGACAAUGACAGUGAUGACAAUGGCGAAGAAGACACUGCCGAGAUUUAUGUUGAAGAGUUUAACAAUGAGAACCCUUUUGCUGCUUCUGGUAUGCCUGAGAAUCCAGUGCACAGAUUUAUUGCUACUUUUACAGUACUGUUUGCAUCUCGUUACGUGGUCAAUAAGGGUUUUGUUGUCUUGAUUGAGUUCAUCAACGGGCUCUUGAAGAUUUAUGGACAAGAUUUCCAACUUCCCAAAAGUGUGGCUGGGCUACAUAAAAUGACUGGCUUUUUGUCUAUCACCAAAGGCAUCAAGCGAUUUGUGUCAUGUCCAAACUGCCAUUGCAUCUAUGAAGAAAACAUGUCCAUACCUCCCCAUUGUGUUUUCACAAAUGUUGGUGCACGCUCUCCUUGUGAUUUAUGUGGAACGCUCAUUGAUCCCAUGCAUAAUUUAUUCCUGGGGAUACCAAAGAGAAUGAUGGACUGGUGGGUCAAUAAGAAAACGAUUGGAGCCGAAGAGUUUGCUGCCAUGAAAAAAAUCACAGAGACAAUAGUUCUUCCGAGGGAUUAUACAAAGCUGACAUCAAAGAUUGGAAAAGGCUUUCCUUACAUGAAAGCCGACAACUGGAAAUCCUGGGUACUGGUGUAUUCUCCUGUUCUGCUACAUGGUGUUCUACCAUUUGAAAUAUACAACAACUGGAUGAAUUUCGUCCGUGCAUGCCACUAUCUUAUCAAGCCAAGCAUCACAUUUGAUGAAGUGAACAGUGCCCACGACUAUCUGGAAAUGUUUUGCAAAAAGGCUACCAAACUCUACACUCCCACCAUUCUCACCUGCAACAUGCACCUGCACCUCCACCUUUGCGAGACAAUUCAUGAUUUUGGACCCGUGUACGGUUACUGGCUCUUUGGGUUUGAGAGAUACAAUGGCCUGUUGAAGCAUAUAAAGACAAACGGAAAAGAUAGUUUUGAGACAACAUAUAUGAGAAGUUUUCUUUCUCCGAAAUUCACACCUACCACCACAGUCAUUACUCUCUCCUCCCGUCCAUUCCAAUUGCAAUCAUUCUUACUAGCAUCGUCCAACCCACAUCUUCCUCCAAAGGGUAAUGAACCUCUCUCUCCUUUGACUUUUCCUCUUCAGCUAAAAAAAUCAUCACUGAUGGAUGAAACCUACUAUGCCCAUCUGCUUCAGCACUACAAAACAUCCUAUGAUCUUCCCAACCUUGUCAGUUACCAAUAUGCCACGCUCACAAGCUCCUUUGUUGACAAUGAAAUCACAAAGUUGAAGUUCAUUGACUUACUUGGUCAACAGUACCGUGGUAAAAACGGUUCAGCUAGUUGUGGUUCUCUUGUCCACGUAAUGUUUGUUGGUAGUGACGGUAGAAAUACCCUAGCCUAUGCUGGACAAAUACAGUAUCUCUUCACACACUCCUUUACACACCCUUCUAACAGCAAUCUCCACAUGACUCGCAUGGUUCAUGAUUAUCAACAUGUAUUCGCAUAUAUCAAGUGGUUUAAUACUUCCUCUGAUAGAUCGCGUGAGGAUGAUGGUCUUGAGUUUUGUCUCUGUUGUGAAUGA